ACCUACCAGGGUCGAGCUCACACACGUGCUUACGACCCGCCGCGGCGCCUGCGCGGUAGCAGCGCGGAGUCGGUGCCCUUAGUACGGCACUGGCACCUUUAGUCUUGCCGGCCGCGCGAACCCGUUUGUGCUCGGUAUCCUAGUGCACACGCCUUGCAAGCGACGGCGCCAUGAGUCUGACUUCCAGUUCCAGCGUACGAGCCCACUCCAUGCUGGGAAUAGACAACUCUCCUCUGAGGCUGAGGCUAACCAGAUUAUGCAGAACUUUCUUCUCUCCAUCAUUGCCUGGAGCUGGGGUAGUUGUUAAGCCCUUGAGUUUCUAAAGACUUGAAAAGCUGCUUGAAAAGAAUAACUAGAUGGCUUUUGAAUGGAUCGCAGCAGUUACCAUUGCUGCUGGGACAGCUGCAAUUGGUUAUCUAGCUUACAAAAGAUUUUAUGUUAAAGAUCAUCGAAAUAAAGCUAUGAUAAACCUUCACAUCCAGAAAGACAACCCCAAGAUAGUACAUGCUUUUGACAUGGAGGAUUUGGGAGAUAAAGCUGUGUACUGCCGUUGUUGGAGGUCCAAAAAGUUCCCAUUCUGUGAUGGGGCUCACACAAAACAUAACGAAGAGACUGGAGACAAUGUGGGCCCUCUGAUCAUCAAGAAGAAAGAAACUUAAAUGGACACUUUUGAUGCUGCAAAUCAGCUUGUCGUGAAGUUACCUGAUUGUUUAAUUAGAAUGACUACCACCUCUGUCUAAUUCACCUUCGCUGGGUUCUAAAUGUGGUAUAUUGCAAACUGCAGCUUUCACAUUCAUGGCAUUUGUCUUGAUGAAACAUCGUGGUGCACAUUUGUUUAAACAAAAAAAAAAAAAAAAAAAAAAAAGGAAAAACCAACCUCGUGGCCUGUGGGUUAUUUUGGUCUUGUAAGGAUCCGUUUCUUUAAAAUAUUGACAUAUAGAGUUGUAUCUUACAUAGACUAUAGUUGUAUCUUGAAGUCAACAUAUUAAAUUAUUCUCAAAAUUAUGUAUUUGCAGAUUGUACUUGUAAGUUUCAAAGAAAAAUUACCAUCUUUUCAUAUUAACCUAGAAACUAAAUAUGAUGUGAUUCAGCUAUAUAAAUUUCUUAAUACAAUCUAGGAAAGACCUGUUGUGACCUUGAUUUUCUUGACAUUGGUAAUGACACUGAGAAAGUAUGGCUUCUGUUUUUCACAGUUUUCGAUCAAAAUGAUUGAUGAAUGUUAUUCUGCUUAAUUUCAUGAGUAAGGUCAAUAAUAAAGGGGUGGUAACUUCUUCGUAUUCAUCUUCAUAGAUAUUUAAUGAAGAUGGCUCCAUUAAAGGAGCCAAUAGUGAAAAUUUAGUUAAAAGUGAUAUUAGAUUUAAAUUAGUCAUGAAGAAUGUCUUAAAAUCUAAUGUUCCAGAAUUCUGGCCCAAGGAAUGGUAAGCAUUUGAACUGAGGACUUCGAAGGAAUUGGAGCACAUAAUGUCAAGCCUUUUGAUCACUAAGCCACAUAUCCUGACAGAAAUAGUAGUCACAAGAUUAGAUCAAAGGCGUGGGAAGAUUUUUUUUUUCCCAUUCUAGCUAAUGAAGCACUGGCUUUUAAAUUGUGUGAUCUUCUUCUUAAAAGCAAAAGUUUGAAGACAAGUGUUUGUUUAUGUAAUAUUCUUCAAAGACUCAGAGCAGAAACAUUGCAUUCAUUGUUGAUUCAGAAAAAAAGAAAAUAUAAAAACAAAAUAAUUAGCAAUAAAGGAGUUAAGACAAAUAAUUCAUAAUAUUUUUAAAGAGAGAUUAGAUUUUUGAAUUUCAUAGGUUAGAAGGAAAAUCAUGGCAAAAUAUAUAGAAAAUUGGGCAAACAUAAUUGAAAUUGAUUAAGCUGGUAAACAUCUUCAUUAUUUAUUUUAGUAUACAUGAAUUUUCAGUAGUAGUCAAUCACAGGUUUGUACUUGAUAAAAUCCAUUUACCUUGACAGGAAUCAAACCUGACAUCAACAUUCCUCUGUAAUAUAUCAUCAUGGCUAUUUUUAAAUACAUAGUUUUGUGUAUUACUGUAAAUAAAAGUUGGUAACAGAAUUGUA